AUGUUCAAAUCGGGCACUAAGAACGGCCUCGUGGCGACGCAAGAUGAGAUACGCGCCGAGAAUGCGAUCCAAGACGCCGUAUUGAUUCAAGUGGAGAAGAAUCUCAAGGAGAAGACUGGAGAUGACGACGGAUCUUCUGAUGCGGCGCUCCGACGGACCGUCGUAGAUACGGGUUACAUGUUGAAGGACCCUACGGUGUGGAGAAUGUACGUCGACGGGUUUGUGCCAGUCAAGGAGCGGAGCCGUAGAAUAGGGAAUGAGAGAUGGUUGAGUGUUGUCUGUUACAACUUCUAG